UCUCUCUCUCUCUGUUCAGUGAAUAGGAGGGAGAUGCUGGAUUCGGGAGGUCCGCCAUUAUUGGGAAGCUGAAAAAAAAAAUAGACUUAUACACACCGUCACACAUUUAGCCUGUAAAGGGCUUAACACUAGAAAGCGAAAUCCAACCGUCUCGGACGAGCUGUUGUACUCUCAGAAGCGGUGCCGUGGCCAAUGAAGGCAGAGCUUGUGAUCGCGUUGCACACGGACUCUUUUAUUUUUUAUUUUUGACACAACAAAGGAAAUAAUAAUUGGUCAAAACAACGUGGUGGCUGAACCCAAGAAGGAAAAAACACACCGAAACAGCGCUUUUCCAACGCCUCCCCCCCCCCUUCCUCCUCGUUUCCAGCCGGGGUGAAAAGACUGGAGUUUGAACAGCAUUUCAACUAGAAUUUAGUUGUUGUUUUUUUGCUUUCUUUCCCCUCUCCACAGACAUGGAGAGACAUGCAUCUCGUUUCUGAAAACUUCAGUCUGAUGAAAACGAGCACUUGAUGUGGGAAGCAUAUGGACAGAUAGUCGUUUGUUCAAAAACAAAUAAAUAAAUAAAUAAAAAAAUAAAGCGGAAAAUAAUCGAUGGGAGUGCUGGUAGGAAGUGUUUUUGUCUGAUUUUUGAAGUCUUUGCCCGGCUGUGAGUCGCAGAGGAGCAGAGAGCGAAAGAAAGGAGUGGACGGGAGCCGGAGAGAGGGAGGAAUGCUAUGGGCCAAAUCCCAGCUCAUUGAGCUCCUCUUGCAUGGAAACCCUCCUUCCCUGGCAGCCUUCUCCUCUCCCUAGAGCUAGCGGCCAGCAUGGCAGGAUGAACCUCUGCCAGCGAUAAUGAUGGCCAAAAAGCAAGAUGUCCGGGCACCCACCUACAACCUGGUUGUGGUUGGGCUGUCUGGCACAGAGAAGGAGAAAGGCCAAUGUGGUGUGGGCAAGUCUUGCCUGUGUAACCGCUUUGUCCGGCAAAGUGCAGAUGACUUCCACCUAGACCAUACCUCCGUUCUCAGCACCAGUGACUUUGGAGGCCGUGUCGUGAACAAUGACCACUUCCUGUUCUGGGGAGAGGCUGGGCGGACGAUGGAGGAGGGGCCAGAAUGCCGUAUGAAUGUGGUGGAGCAGACAGAGUUCAUUGAUGAUCAGACAUUCCAGCCACACCGAAGCACAGCGCUCCAGCCUUACAUCAAGAGGGCAGCUUCUGCCAAGCUGGCUUCGGCUGAGAAGCUAAUGUACUUUUGCACAGAUCAGCUGGGACUGGAGCAGGACUUUGAGCAAAAACAGAUGCCCGAAGGCAAAAUUAUGGUGGAUGGCUUCCUACUCUGUGUGGAUGUGAGCAGGGGUAUGAACCGGAGCUUUGAGGACCAGAUGAAGUUUGUUACCAAUCUGUACAACCAGCUUGCCAAAACGAAGAAACCUGUGGUACUGGUUCUCACAAAAUGUGAUGAAGGAGUUGAGCGCUAUAUUAAAGAUUCACACACCUUUGCCCUAGCCAAGAAGAACCUACAGGUGGUAGAAACAUCAGCACGCUCUAAUGUCAAUGUUGACUUGGCCUUUCUUACACUGGUUCAGCUAAUAGACAAGAGUAAGGGAAAGCCCAAAAUCAUCCCUUACUUUGAGGCACUGAAACAGCAGAGUCAACAGAUUGCCUUAGCCAAAGACCGCUAUGAGUGGCUGGUCAACCGAAUUGUGAAGAACCACAAUGAGACAUGGCCCAUUGUCAGUCAGCGCAUGCAGUCUGCCCCUGAGUACAAGGACUAUGUUUUCCUUGAAGGGACAGCUAAGGCCAAGAAGCUCUUCCAGCAGCAUGUGCAUAGACUUAAACAAGACCAUAUAGAGAAACGUAGGAAGUCCUAUCUAAGUAGACUACCACAGGCACUGUCUGUAGUGUUACCACAGUUGGAUGAGAUAGACCACCUGAGCUGGUCUGGAGUUCAGAAAGUCCUGGAGACAAAGAGAGAUUUUUCCCAAUGGUUUGUAGUGCUAGAUGAUACCCCUUGGGAGACCACACCACACAUUGAUAACAUGGAGGAUGACCGAAUCCCCCAGGACCUCCUGGAGACCCCCGCAGCUGAAGCUAUCUAUGAGACUCACCUGGAGCACCUAAGGAAUGAGCGCAAACGGGCUGAGAUGAGAUGGGAGUUCAAGGAGAAGCUAAGUGUCUCUCCUUUCAUCACACCCGGGAAACCCUGGGAGGAGGCUCGAAGCUUCAUCAUGAAUGAAGACUUCUACCAGUGGCUGGAUGAGGCUGAAUAUCUGGAUAUCUACAACAAACACCAGAAGGAAAUCAUUGACAGAGCCAAAGAGGACUUUCAGGAACUGCUUCUUGAAUACUCUGAACUCUUUUAUGAGCUGGAAGUGGAUGCAAAGCCAAGUAAAGAGAAAAUGGGAGCGAUUCAGGAUGUGUUGGGUGAUGAGCAAAGGUUCAAAGCUCUGCAGAAGCUGCAGGCAGAAAGGGAUGCUCUGGUAUUGAAACAUAUCCACUUCGUCUACCACCCCACAAAGGACACCUGUCCCAACAGCCCCCACUGUGUUGACAGUAAAAUAGAGCAGAUUCUGGCCUCCAGAUUCCCUACCCGCUACCCCUCAUCAGAUAGUUCAAGACUAGAUUUGGGGAGGGCUGAACGGAUUAAUCUUGUCAUCUUAGGAAAAGAUGGGCUAGCCAGAGAGAUGGCAAAUGAGAUAAGGGCCUCGUGCACCAGUGACGAACGGUACGUGUUGGAUGGCAAGAUGUAUGAGUUAGCCCUUCGUCCCAUAGAGGGCAACGUACGUCUGCCAGUCAAUUCAUUCCACACACCAACCUUUACACCACAUGGUUGCCUGUGCUUGUACAACUCAAAGGAAUCCCUCUCUUAUGUUGUCGAGAGUUUAGAAAAGCUGAGGGAGUCAACUUUAGGCAGAAGGGAAAGGGAAAACAGCUUAGCCCAACUCCCACUGUCCCUCCUUCUGGUUACCAAGCGAGGGGUGGGGUCAAUUGGGGAUAUUGGGGGGGAAACAGCUCAGACUCUUAUCCAACAAGGGCAGCAGGUAGCUGGAAAGCUGCAGUGUGCCUACCUAGACCCUGCCUCUCCAGGAAUGGGCUAUGGUCGCAAUGUCAAUGAGAGGCAAAUCAACCAAAUGUUGAAGGGUCUCUUAGAAUCACGGAGAAGCAUAGGAAGCAGCUCCCCUCCAUUACCCCCUCCACCCUCUGCCUUUAGAGACUCUCAGUCCCAGCCAAUGCUAGAGGCAGAUCUGAGGUUAGUCAUGUGCCUGAUGUGUGGAGACACGUAUGACAUAGACCAGCUCCUUGCUCCCUUCCUGUUGCCCCAGCAUUGUCGUCCUGCUGCCAGUCUCAGCAGUGGCACCUCCGUUUUGCUGGAUCUCAGUAUAGGAGGUCAGAGGCAGAAUAUUGAGCUGUCACUGCUCUCCUUUCAUUCCUCAUUCUCCCUCCGCAAGACCAAGCUGGUCCACGGCUACAUUGUAGUUUACUCUGCUCGCCGCAAGGCCUCUAUGGAGACAUUAUGUGCUUUCUUGUGUGAGGUCCAAGACAUCAUCCCAGUCCAGUUGCUAGCAGUAGGGGAGAGUCAGAUGGAGCUAUCAGACUCAGAGUCAGCUAAAGAGCAAGUCAGCCAGGGAGAGGAACUGGCCCAUGAAAUAGAGGCCAGGUUUAACACAGUGAUAUGUGGACAUGGUGGGGUAGUAGGGGGGCUUCAUAAGAUAGACCUUUUCCAAUCCUUCCUCAAAGAGGCGGUAGAGAAGCGCACUAUUGUUGAGGCCACACACAUGUAUGAUAAUGUGGCUGAGGCAUGUACCAAUGAGAGCAUCAGCCCUCGCUGUGGCUCUCCUAGUCCAGUUAACAUUCUUAUGGACUCAGAGGACGAUAUCGACCCAUCACCACCUUACCCUACCCUGAGGGAGGAUGGCAGCCUAAGUUCCCACCUGGGAAGCUUCAAGCUGCCAGAUCUGGAUUCAAGUGAUACCUUCUCUGUCCUUUCUGAACUCAGCACCUUUGAGAGCAAGCUUAACAACAAGGUUCCACCACAAGUGAAGCCGAAGCCUUUACGUAAGGUUAACCUCGGCCCCUACAUGGACCAGCAGGGAGGCACUAACCGCCGCUCAUUGCCUCAAGCUGUCACCUGGGCUCCAGGUAGCGAUGGUGGCUAUGACCCCUCAGACUACGCAGAGCCCAUGGAUGCUGUGAGCAAACCUCGCCCUACAGAAGAGGAGAAUAUUUACUCUGUCCCUCAUGACAGCACACAGGGCAAGAUCAUCACCAUUCGCAACGCCAACAAAGGUCACUCCAAUGGAAGCGCUGGGGGGAAUGGGUCCGACAGUGAGGCUGAAAGCAGCUCACUGGAGCGCAGGAGAAAGUUGUCUGCCAUUGGGGUAAAGCCAAAACUUUACAGAGACAGAUCCAAACGACUCGGGAAAUUCAGCAGUUUUAGGACGAGCUUCUCUAUAGGCAGUGAUGAUGAGAUGGGGGGUCCACCCAAGGCAAGCCAGGAUGAGAUAGGAGCCCAAAAGGACAACUCCAUUGAGGAGAUUGAGGACCCCAAAAGGAGAAAUAUUCUUAAGAGCCUGCGCAGAACUGCAAAGAAGCCACGACCCAAACCCAGGCACUCCAUCUCGAAACCCAUCGAGAGCAACUACUUUGGGAUGCCACUAGCCACCGUGGUCACUCCUGAGAGGCCAAUUCCAGUCUUCAUUGAGAAGUGCAUCCGUUUCAUUGAAUCAACAGGGUUAAACACAGAGGGCAUCUACAGGGUCAGCGGGAACAAGGCAGAGAUGGAGAGCAUGCAGCGGCAAUUUGAUCAAGACCACAACCUGGACCUAGUAGAGAAAGACUUCACCAUGAAUACAGUAGCUGGAGCCAUGAAGGCCUUCUUCUCUGAGCUACCUGAGCCUCUGGUGCCCUACAGCAUGCAGGGAGAUCUGGUGGAGGCCUUCAAGAUCAACGAUAGGGAGCAGCGCUUCCAGACGAUGAAGGACAUUCUGCGCCGCUUCCCCAAGGAGAAUUACGAGGUCUUCAAAUAUGUCAUCAGCCACUUGAACAAGGUGAGCCAGAACAACAAGUUGAACCUCAUGACCAGUGAGAAUCUGUCCAUCUGUUUCUGGCCCACGCUGAUGAGACCAGACUUCACCACCAUGGACGCCCUGACCGCCACCCGUACCUACCAGACAAUCAUCGAGAGCUUCAUCCACCAGUGCGCCUACUUCUUCUACAAUCAGCCGCUGGCUGACGGCCUCCCCGGCUCCCCCACCUCGACGCUCUCCGGAGGGGGAGGAACCUCGGCCUACUCCUGCAUGGCUGGAGGCUACUCAUCUUCGCCGACUCCGUCCCCGACUCCCUACGUCCUCCCGGCCACCCCUCCUGUCAUUCCUCACUACGGCCCUCCUAUCCACCACCACCACCACCACCAUCACCACCAUCAACAUCAGUCCCCACCCCACUCCCCACUCGCCACUCCCCAGUCGACGAUCCCAGCCCUGCUGCCGCCCUCCCUGCACCCCCAUCACCCUCCUACGGAACAACACACGCUGUGAACCAGGGAUCAAGGGAAAGAGGGGAGAGAGAAAAACCCAGAAGAAGACGAACAUCGAGAUUCAGAGAAUAAGAGAUUUUGAAGUUUGGGAAGGAAUUUAAAAAAGAAAAAUUGAAACGAGAACAGGAUGUAUGAAGAGAAGUUGGGAGGGAUACAGUAGAGUGAGAUGCAGUAUGUACAGGGAGAAACCUACAUGUUUGGGAGAAGAAGGGGUGUUUGAGCCUCUGUUUGCUUUUAGAAACAUGGACACACACAAAGCAGAAAAGGGGAACGCUGAAGAGCCUCUGAACUGACAGUAUGACCUUUUCCCUCCUCGCCACUUUAUCCCUUUGUCUCUCAGUGUCUCUUCAUCUAGACCUGCCCUCCUUGCCUUAUAGAGAACCUACACACAAGCACACUAAUGAGUGAGAUGUAGCCAGUAACUGUUAAAGGGACUCAGAAGUAAUGUUGAAAGGGGAAUGUGAACUCUGUUGUGAAGAUUGCUUCACCCCACACACACACACGCACGCACGCACACGCACACGCACACACACACACACACCCCGCCAGUGGACAGUGUGCCUCCGACAACCAUUCUCCUCAAUCCCUUAGCUCUGACUGUGCGGGAAUUUUAGUGGACGCUGCACGUUUUUGCAAUCCGACCCAGCUACUGUACUACUGGGAGGGGGGGGGGGGCAAAGUGGAGAACAGAGCGAGUCCUGAACACAUGUUUGUUUAUUUCGCCAUUGUACAGAGGUCUUAAGCAAGAAAACGUGUUCAUACUCACCCGACGUGAUGUUCUGUACUCCACCACAACCCCACACCCACGCAGCAGACAAAUUCAGUUUCAGUUAAGGCAGUAUGCCAAACACAGAAAAAAAAAAAAAAAACUCAACCGACCGGAUCUGCUAGGCACAAAAAUGGAGCAAAGGAUUAUGGCAACUUUCACACCCUUUGCAUUCUGGGAAAGCUCCUCCCAGUCUCCUGUUUUCUCUCUCUGUCUCUCUCUCGCUCUCUCUGUUUGAACUUUAACCUCAUGCCCUGUCUUUGUAAACACAUGAAGAAAACAGCUUAAAAAGUGGAUAUAUUAAUUGGUCUUGAUUCUACAUUCACAUUCCCACUGUCCCAACACUUUCUUUUUUUUGUUAUUCUGUCCAAUUAACAAAAUCUUGGGAAACAAAGAAAAAAAACCACGGGGCCUAUCACUCACUGAGUGGUCUUGUGUGUGUAAGUGUCUGUGUGACUGCCUAUCUGUCUGUGUGCGCAUGUAUCCAUGUCUUUUUUGCUUUACCUGAAUUUCCCUGUAUUAGGCAGAAAGUGGGAAUAAUUCCAGUCUUGGACCUUCACCUGUCAUGUUGCUUCUCUCACGCUGUGGUGGUUUUACGAGCAAGUCGGGGCUGCAGUUUCCACAGUAAGGACCUUGUUCAAAAAGCACUUUUCUGAGCACUUUGAAGGCACAUUUUAAAUUGGAGCUACCAUGACAUGACAGCCACCGUUCACUUUAUUGUCAGUUCACCCUGCUCUCUCUCUCUCUGGGAGCACACCACUGACAUCUAGAGGAAGAAAUGGGUAUUGUAGCCAUAACCUCAUUUCCACUACUGCAUGGGCGUAGCACCAUUUUCCUACUGUGGUUAUUGUAGCAUCAGAUUCUCUUCUAGGUGCAAUUGUUAAAAUUUAUUAUCACUGUAUGUCAGGUAUAAUUAACUUUAGAGCUCAUGGAGUGUAAGAGUGUAAAUAAAAGAACAGCAGUUUUAAAUCUGGCACAAAUCAAUUGACAAUAUAUACCGUAGAUUGAGUCUCUGUUGCCAUAUGUGGUUACAUUGCAGUUGAUUAGACAUGCAGUAAAUAAAAUUGCCUCUCUGUCUUUAGUCUUUAGUUUCCACUUCACCAAAGCACUCUGCCCUUUGUAAAGGAGUGCAUGCCACUUUCCAGACGCCAUAUUUGAGUGGAAGGAAAUGAAGAUUUAGGAGAUUGAGGCACAAUGUAGCGUAGUAAGAGCUGGAAGCGAGGCUCAAGCUUUGACAGGUGGGCAGGACAGCUUUUAUUGUUUGGGAAUAAUUAGUAACCACUGCUCCAGGCCUCGGCACUGUCCUCUCAGGACACAGCUUUAUGCCUUUGGAAAAAAAAGACUCAAACAGGCUCUCUGUGGACUCAGUAUAGAAUUUGCAAGAGUGUAACCACUACAGCAGUAUCCCCCCGCUGUCACUGUUAUGCCACCACAUCCCCUAGUCAUUCCUAGUCUAAGAGAGACAGUUGGGUCAGGGAGAGACAGCAGACCAAACAGACAGUCCAUUCAUCCGUCUGCAUGACUGGAACGGAGCAUCACAGAAUUCCUCGGCCCAGCCUGCUGUUACCGUAGAAACCAGCGAGAUGGGGCUCGAGGAGAAUCGCUGAGCCCUGAUUGAAGGAGCUUUUAAAGUGUGUCCGUGCGUGCACACGCAUAUGUGUUUCUGUAAGCUCGAAUAAGUUUGUGUGCAUGUGAAAUUAUGCGUGUUAAUGUUAAGCAGAUGCCCACCAAGGUCUCUUAUUCGGUUUGACACUGAAUGCAUCUCUGCAUGUCUCUCCAGAUUGCCCUCUCUGCCCAAAAGGAAGAAAAAAAACCUUUUAACCAAUCACUGAACUCUCACUGAGUUUUUAUAAGUCUACACUACCUAUUUACCGUGUGUGUGUAUGUGUGUGUGUGAGAUUAGAGAAUAUAGGAAUUAAGAGUGUGUGGGUGUGUGGGUGGGUGGGUGGGUGGGUGGGUUUGAGCUAACAUGCUAGCAUGCUGUGCUUGGCAGAUGGCCAGACACCAGCGUGAUCCAAAUAAACGUGAAGGAGAGGAAUGCAGUUCUCCUUGCGGUCAUUACCCCGCUGUGUAACCCUGUUAGCUCGUCCAGAUUACACACACUGAUCCUCAGAGAAAGUGUGAGAGAGAUGGGGGAGAGGGAGGGAAGACAGACAGCGAACGGGUGAAUGGGAUCAUUAUUUGGAAGAUGGAGGGAGGAAGGAGGGGUGAUCACUGGUACUUGUGUGUGAACACCGGCCAGUGGCGUUCCCUGUGUAUAUCAAUGUGUUAAUACUGAACUGACUGUGAGGCAGCCAAAGACUGUGGAAAAAAAAAAGGGUUGAGGGAGAGAUGGGAAGCAAAGUGACAGUUUAGAAGAACAAUUGAAUUAAAAAUGUGACUUUGGUUCAGCGAUAUGCGGCUGCAUUGUUUUCCUUUUCAUCUUUUUUUUGUUGCAACAAUGGUGACAGAUGUCUGUUAAGUUAAAAUGAGAAACAAGCAAAACUAUAUUCAAAUGGUUGUUUAUUAGUAUGUUAGGUCUAACACUUUGCCCUUUAGUCAGUGGUGAUAGAAAAAAAAAAGAGUUUCUUUUUAUGUUUUAUUUUAAUAAUUAAAAACAAAGCAUUUUUUUUUUUAACAAUUUCUCUGUGAUCAAUUGAGAGACCAGCCCAGUAUAGUGCAUGAUUUCUUCCCAACCAGGGAAGAGGGCUCCACCACUCUCACUAUUUAAGAGAUGAUACAAAAAAUAUUAAGAAAUAAUGGGGGGAAGAAAAAAAAAAAUGAAGUACUGUAAAGUGAAAAGAUUGCAUCAAACAAAAAAAAACUGUCAUUAUUUGCUGAGUAUGGUAAUUUGUCUCAAUGGGAAUGGUGUAUACAGCAAGGCCUUAUGUGAUCUGUAUCAUAGUUAAUAAAUCAAAUCUUGUAAAA